UGGGUAGGUGUUAGUCUUUGCUGGACAAAGCUCUGUCUGAGUCACACAGGAGGCUGCUUUCUCCUCUGAGUCAUGAAGUUGUAGGGAUUUGUGAAAAUCCGUCAAGCUCAAGUUCUGAGAGGGGAAGGCCCAUGCCAACUAGGCUAUAACCUGUGUCCAUAUAUCAUGAACUCCUUUCCAAAGCUGAUGCUUGCCCCCCUUGGGGAUAAUCCCAGUUACAGGAAAGUCCUGGGGAAAUCUGAGGGUCUGCACCACCCGUGGACACAAAGCCAGCUCAUGGAAUGUGCACACCACAGGUUUCAGAAGUCUUGUAGCCUGAGGCUGAGCCCGCCCAGAAGUCCAGGUGUCACAGAGCCAAAGCCUCAACCCUUCUAUCAAGGGGCCCACUCCAGAGGCCAAGUCUAGUAGACCAGGGAGGGGGGCUCUGCUAAAUGAAACCCUUCAGGACCACGCAGGCAGCCAGCCUUCCAUACACCCCAGCCAAUGCCACCACCCUGUCAUUGGAGAAAGGCAGACCAGAUGGGAGCCUCACUCCGCCCUUCUCCCAUCCCCCACCCUCCUCUGCCUUGCACACAACAUAUAGCAUCCAGCACUUGGCCUGAGAAGUGUGCUGCCUGAGAUUUGGUCUCUGUGAGGAGAAUGCGGCCUCAAGGAACCAUCUUUGUGGCUCUUCCCCACCUGGGGCCCAUCCUGGUCUGGUUGCUCACCCGUCGAACAUCUGGUUGGUACGACAGCCCAAAGAAGCCACCCUGGUGCCCACCUCACAAGGUCUUGAUGGCAGGGUGGAUAACCAUCUACUUCGUCAUAGGCUAUGCCUCCUACCUGGUGUGGAAGGACCUGGGAGGGGGCUUUGGGAGGCCCCUGGUCCUGCCUCUCGGCCUCUAUGCUGUGCAGCUUGCCAUCAGCUGGACUGUCCUGAUUCUCUUUUUCGUAGCCCGCACCCAUGGUCUGGCCCUGCUGCACCUGCUGCUGCUCUAUGGGCUGGUGGUGAGCACAGCAUUGAUCUGGCAUCCCGUCAACAAGCUGGCUGCCGUGCUCCUGCUGCCUUACCUGGCCUGGCUCACCGUGACUGCUUCCAUCGCCUACCGCCUGUGGAGGGACAGCCUCUGUCCAAGCCAGCAGGCUCAGCCCAGUGGGGAGAAGAGCGACUGAGGCACCAGGGACAGGAGAGGAGGGAGGAUGGUCAGGGUAGGGGUAGAAGAGAAUGGCAAGGAGGGCUGUGGAGCUAUUCUGGAGAAAGGGAAGGUGGGGGGCCAGGGAGCGAUGAAUCCCAGACUCGGCCCAGGGUGGUCACCGUCCCAGGUCCCCUGGUGCCAAUUUUCAUUCCGAUUUCAGAAAUGGGAAGAAAGGGAAGAAACUUAUUUUACACUUAAUAUGAAUUAAUUAAUCCUGCACUAAUAAAUUAAUUUAGUGAUAUCAAUUAAUAAGAUCCUUUACUAACUUUGAGGGUAUGAUGUGAAGUGCAUAUCUGGGUACACGAUGUCUAGGGUCGUAGGGCAGGGGUCGCAUCAUCCGCACCUCUGCGGGAAUGAACGCAGGAGUGUGCGCACGGGGAGGGAAAAGUGGGUACCCAGUCACGGCUCCACUCACACACCCUCCUGCAUCAAGCCGAGUCUUUUAGGACUUAGAUUUUCAGCUGCUGGGAACACAAAAUCUUUAUGAUAAGUUCUAUAAAAGCAAAACAGAAAAGUAAAUAAAGUCGAAAAAAGGAUACCAAUUGUAAGUGCCAGGUUUAUAUAAUACAUCUUAUUAUAGAAUAGUUUAAUUUUAUUUUAUUUUAUUUUUUUUAAUCUUUCUUUAUUUUUGAGAGAGAGAGAGUGCCAGCAGGGUAGGGACAGAAAGAGAGACAAAGAAUCUAAAGCAGGCUCCAGGCUCUGAAGUGUCAGCACAGAGCCCGACGCAGGGCUCGAACUCACAAACCGCCAGAUCAUGACCUGAGCCAAAGUCAGUGGCUUAACUGACUGAGCCACCCAGGCGCACCUAUUUCAUUGUAUUUUAAUUAAUAUAUAUUAAUAAUAAUAUUAUAGUAUGUAUAACAUAUACCAUAUUACAUUAUGGUUAUUAUAAUAUUAUACAAUAUAUUAUAUUAUACAUUCUCUAUGUCA